AUGACGGUCCCCUCGAGAUCCCACCCCUCAUGGCAUUGGUGUGCGGCCAUUGUGGCUCUACUACCAGCAUGUCUGGUUAGUGCAAGCCCGGCAGUCAACGUGGCUCUCCAGGCUCCAUUCGAUUCCUCGCCGUACUUGCUCGAAAUGCUCGAAACUGCUGCCGAAGAAAACUCCACUUCCUACUUCCCAUUACUCGAUCGCAUUGCCGACGGCGCCUUUGAGGAAGCUACGUCCGAGAAGGAGCUGUAUGACCGCUUCUUGCAGGUCGUUCACGAAGAUGGGCAUCUGCGCACCCCCGAGAGCCUCUCUUCAUUCAAACUCUCGUUGGCUCUUCGGUCCUCGGCGCCUCGGAUUCAGGCCCAUUACCAGUACUACAAUACUUCGGUGCAGCAGUCGUUGAUGGCCGCACAGGAUGCGGCGUGUCCGGUUUGGGUUCACCUAGAGGGGAGGCAGUAUUGCUCCUCCCUGAUGGAGCGCGCACAGCAGGAUGUUGGAGGAGAAUUAGAUCCUAGAGAGCUACCAUUCGACCGAGUCCUCGGCGAUGUCUCGCAUCCCCCCGCUGUUCUUUACGCAGAUGUGUCGGCUCCAAUGUUCAAGGACUUCCAUGAGACUUUAAGCGACAUGGCGAAGCAAGGCCAAAUCUCGUAUCGCGUGCGCUACCGAUCUCCUCAGCACUGGACCUCGCGGCCUUUGUUUGUCUCGGGAUACGGCGUGGAACUUGCGUUGAAGCGGACGGAUUACAUUGUCAUUGACGACCGAGAUGCGGAGCAGCGGGAUGAAAGCGAGAAGGAUAGUACCUCGGCUGGCUCUGAAGGAUUGAAGGAAGACGCGCCGGAUGACCUGCGCCCUCUUUCUUCUUCGGAGGCGUCGAGACUGGGCCUGAACUCUGCAAGCUACGUGAUGGACAGCGAAGACCCGCUGAACACUUUGAUCAAACUGUCGCAAAACUUUCCCAAGUAUUCGUCCAUCAUCGCCGCUCAUAAUGCAACUGCGGAGUUACGACAAGAAAUUCGUGGCAACCGGGCGCGAAUGAUCCCGGCUGGAUCCAACGUGAUGUGGAUCAACGGCGUGCAAAUUGACCCCCGACAAAUAGAUGCGUUCUCCCUGCUCGAUCAUCUCCGCCGGGAGAGAAGGCUGAUUGCAAAGUUCCGAGAUCUGGGUCUGUCUGCUCAGGAGGCUGUGAAGCUCCUAUCACACCCGACACUCGCAGAGUCCCAUGCCGAUGAUGAUUCCCAGCGGUAUGACUACCGUGAUACUGUUGAAGGAGGCGAGACCAUUAUUUGGAUGAACAAUCUCGAGAAGGACUCGCGGUACGAAUCCUGGCCAAGCGACCUCGAAGCACUUAUCACAAACACCUAUCCGGGACAACUACCCCAAGUCCGUCGUGACUUGCACAACGUCGUCAUGCCGGUUGAUUUGUCCAGCGCAGAAGAUGUGCUCUUGGUUGUCAACCAGGUCCAGACUUUCAUCAAACGCAUGAUCCCUAUCCGAUUUGGCUUGGUGCCAACCGCAUCGUCUCCGGACGCCAUUUCCCAGCUGAAAGUGGCCCACUAUCUCCAGAAGAAUUUCGGUCUCGCAUCGUUGCUUCACUACCUGGAAGAUUCCGCCUCCAAAGGAAAGGCAGGAGAACCCGACAAGGCGUCAUUUACUGCUGUAACUAAGGGACGGAAACCGCGCGCAGAAAAGGAAGCUCUCUCGUUCGACCAAGUGCUGAAGGGCGAGCACUACGAUGCCGCGGUUACACGUACAGCUGCUUACCAGCGUCGCUUGAGCCUGAAUGGUGAAGCUCCUCAUUUCCUGGUUAACGGCAUCCCGGUCUCUCGCGAGGGUAACUGGAUGCAGGAGCUGAGUAUGCUAAUUAGUAGGGAUCUCAAGCUGAUCCAGCAAGCUAUCGUUGAGGGCAUUUUCGAGGAAGCUGUUGUGUUGCCAGAGUUCUACCUGGCUGGUGCGUUUGAGAGACGCAACACAUUUCUCAUGCCCGAAGACCCCAAGAGCGCUCGGAUUGUGGAUCUUGCCAACAUCUUCGGUCCCGGUUCCGCGGUUCUGGACAAGCUUCCUCAGAUUGAACCUGAAAGCGGCGUCUUGGGCGGUAUUCACAUCAUUGUCGUUGGUGACUUUGACUCAGAGGCUGGUUUGAAGCUUCUCAUUCAUGCUUUGAACUUCCGAAAGGAGAAUGGCGAGGUGGAGCUUCUCCUGGUGCACAAUGGUGCACCCGAGGCUGGAGGGAGCAUCCGAGCGAUCCAACAUUCCCUUGCCAAGGGUGAAGAUAUCGAUGGCAUUCUGGCUGCCAUUGGCUCUUCUGAGGCCUCAGAAACGUCGGAGCCUGAAAGUCAAGACUUUACACGCGUCCACCGACGCCUGGCAGAGAAACUGGGAUUCGAGGCUGGCGCGGAAGGCCUCGUGGUCAACGGCCGGGCUGUUGGUCCCAUACCGAAGGAAUUCCCCUUGAGUGUGGAAGAAAUCAGCCAGCUCGUCGCCUAUGAACGAUCCAAGCGGAUUGAACCUGUCGCGCAAGCUGCCCUGUCCCUCGGUUUGAAUAACAAGCUCUCCAAGCCGCUCGAUCUUGCUAAACUUUCUUCGAUGGUUUCCCUUUCUACAAUCUCCGAUGUCCCGGAAGAAAUCUUCGAGUCCGCGCCAGACUUCCGAUUGGACGUCUCUGACAAAUGGAAGACUGAACACUCCGUGAUCACGGUUUCUAACUCCGAGGACCCGGCAAUCAAUGUCGCAGCCGUCCUUGACCCGGCAUCUGAACCAGCCCAGAGGUGGCUGCCCAUUCUCAAGGUUCUCUCCGAAUUGGCCGGUGUCCAGCUGAAGAUCUUCUUGAACCCUAAAGAUGAGCUCAAAGAGCUUCCUGUCAAGCGUUUCUAUCGCUACGUUCUGGAAUCAGAGCCGUCGUUUACUGCGGAUGGAUCUCUCUCACGCCCUGGAGCUUCCUUCACCGGCGUGCCUGUCGAGGCAUUGCUGACUCUGGGCAUGGAUGUUCCCACCUCGUGGCUUGUGGCGCCCAAGGAAUCGGUGUACGACCCGGACAAUAUCAAGCUGAGCACACUCAAAGCUGGGGCCAAUGUCGACGCUAUCUAUGCCCUAGAACAUAUUCUGAUCGAAGGUCACUCUCGCGAUGUUACGACCAACUCCCCACCCCGCGGAGUGCAGCUUGUUCUAGGCACUGAGGAUAACCCUCACUUUGCCGACACCAUCAUCAUGGCCAACCUGGGUUACUUCCAGUUCAAGGCACAGCCUGGUCUGUGGCAAAUCAACCUCAAGCCCGGUCGCAGCGAGAAGCUCUUUAACCUUGACAGUGUUGGCGGUCUCGGAUAUCGCCCACAACCUGGUGACGCAAACACCGAAGUCACCCUUCUGUCCUUCCAAGGCCGGACUCUCUUCCCCCGUCUCUCUCGCAAACCGGGUCACGAAAAUGAUGAUGUCCUGGAGGUAGGCCAUCAGCCUGGCUCGACGCGAGACUACCUCUCCAAAGGCCUUAGUUUCGCUUCUGGUGUCCUCUCCAGUGUUGGUGUUGGUUCCAAGUCGGGCGAGCAACACGCCGAUAUCAACAUCUUCUCCGUCGCCAGUGGCCACCUGUACGAGCGCAUGCUGAACAUCAUGAUGGUGUCCGUGAUGCGCCAUACCAAGCACACUGUGAAGUUCUGGUUUAUCGAGCAAUUUUUGUCUCCCUCUUUCCGCGCGUUCCUUCCCCACCUCGCCGAAGAAUACGGCUUCUCCUACGAGAUGGUCACGUACAAGUGGCCGCACUGGCUGCGCCCGCAGAAGGAGAAGCAGCGCGAGAUUUGGGGAUACAAGAUGCUAUUCCUGGACGUGUUGUUCCCCCUGUCUUUGGAGAAAGUGAUCUUCGUUGACGCAGACCAGAUCGUUCGGACGGACAUGUAUGAUCUCGUGACGCAUGACUUGCAAGGCGCGCCGUAUGGCUUCACCCCGAUGGGCGACUCGCGCACGGAGAUGGAGGGCUUCCGCUUCUGGAAGCAGGGCUAUUGGAGCACGUUCCUGCGCGGCAAGCCGUACCAUAUCUCGGCGCUGUACGUUGUCGAUCUGAACCGUUUCCGCGCCCUCGCUGCAGGCGACCGUCUGCGUGGCCAGUACCAGAUGCUCUCGGCGGACCCCAACAGUUUGAGUAACCUGGACCAGGACCUGCCGAACCACAUGCAGCACCAUAUUCCCAUUCACAGUCUGCCGCAGGAGUGGCUGUGGUGCGAGACGUGGUGCUCGGAUGAAGACCUGGCAUCGGCGAGGACCAUUGAUCUCUGCAAUAACCCGCAAACCAAGGAGCCCAAGUUGGCUCGGGCGAGGAGACAGGUUCCUGAGUGGACCGUGUACGAUGAUGAGAUUGCUGUGCUGGCGAAGCGUGUUGCCUCGGAGCAGAUUGGGUUCGUGCAGACUGGGGAGGAUGCGGCACAAAAAGAGACUGUUGUUGAUGAGGAGAAGGCGGAGGAGGACCGGAAGGAUGAACUAUAG